ACCACCACCCCCAUGACCCUGAAUGGAACAAGCAGUAGAAAAUGGAUGGAUAGAACUAAUGUGGUCAUGUUUAAUUGGAGCACAAUGUGUCUUUAAAUACUUUAUCUACGAUUGUUUGUGCUAAGCCACCUGGCAACACUCGGGGGGCGGAGCCAAUGCGUUACACUUGGCAAACACAAACAGUGAGCGCCUUCUUUGCCAAGUUCCUUUCCAACAUGUCGGCUUUGCGUACCCCGGCGAACUUUUGACGAGUUCUCGCACGGUUGUAUUAAAUUAAGCCUCUCUCCGUCAUUCUGUCCUGCUUUGAAGGUUCCAUGGCGCCGCGGAGGUUAGCUGCCGGGUAACUGACCGCCUUUCUUCCCCGGGAAAGACGACUUCCGGCAGUCAAAAAAGUCACCGCCUUUCUUCCCCGACAAAGACGACUUCCGGCAGUCAAAAACCGCCUUUCUUCCCAGAGAAAGACGACUUCCGGCAGUCAAAAAGUGACCGCCUUUCUUCCCCGACAAAGACGACAUCUGGCAGUCAAAAAGUGACUGCCUUUCUUCGCCGAGAAAGACGACUUCCGGCAGUCAAACAGUGACGCAUUUCUUCGCCGAGAAAGACGACUUCCGGCAGUCAAAAAGUGACCGCCUUUCUUCCCCAACAAAGACGACUUCCGGCAGUCAAAAAGUGACCGCCUUUCUUCCCCAACAAAGACGACAUCUGGCAGUCAAAAAGUGACCGCCUUUCUUCGCCGAGAAAGACGACUUCCGGCAGUCAAAAAGUGACCGCCUUUCUUCCCCAACAAAGACGACAUCUGGCAGUCAAAAAGUGACCGCCUUUCUUCGCCGAGAAAGACGACUUCCGGCAGUCAAACAGUGACGCAUUUCUUCGCCGAGAAAGACGACUUCCGGCAGUCAAAAAGUGACCGCCUUUCUUCGCCGAGAAAGACGACUUCCGGCAGUCAUACAGUGACGCCUUUCUUCACCGAGAAAGACGACUUCCGGCAGUCAAAAAGAUGGAGGCGCGCAAUUUGGACCUAAGUUUCAGUCUCCUCGCACAAAACAGUUCCGUGUUGUCGGACUGCGAGCCGGAGCUCCAGGAGCUCAUGCGGCAGAUCGACAUCAUGAUCUCGCACCAGAAGAGCGAGUGGGAGGCGCGGAUGGAGGACCUGCGGCUGCAGCUGCACAGUGGCCGGGAGGAGGUGGCUGCGUCCCGGGUGCUCCUGCAGCGCAAGGACCUGGAGAUCAACGUGCUGCGCAAGCAACUGGAAGACGCUCCGAAUGGCCGACAGGCGUUGGCGACCAAGUACGAGAAGCAGCUACAAAGUGUCAGCGAGGAGUGCGACAGGUUGAAGAGCAGCUACCACAAGCUGCAGCGCAGACAUUACAAGAAGUUUGGCGGGGAGGAGUCCAACCAGGCGGAGGUGCGGCUGCUGAAGGAGAAGCUGGAGGAGUACAGUGGCAGCUGUGUGAAGUGGGAGCAGCAGCGUGUUGACUUCCACAAGCAGCUGGCCCUCCUGGAGGUCCAGAAGGAGGGUCUGACGGAGCAGCUCACUCAGCUCAAAGCCGAGGCGGCAUCGCAGGCGUCCCUGGAGAAAAGCUACCUGUCCUCGCUGAAGCACCUGGAGGAGGAGAACCAGCAGCUCAGAUGCCAGCUCGCCGAGACGCGCCGCCAACUCCAGCUCGCCGAGGGCGGGGCCGCCCACGCCGGCCAAUCGCGGCCGGCUCAGGAAAGAUGCGACGCCCACAACGAGGCGGCGACUUCCUACGAGGGCGAGAUCCGGAGGCUGUUCACGGAGCUGAAGACUUCGGAACGCUCACGGAGCCGCCGUUGUUCCGGCCCGGAUGGCGACCGGAGGAUGGGCGGGGGGAACGCGGCGGCGAGCCCCGCCGAGCACGCUCCCGAGGGGCGGAGCUCCAGCUCGGAGGACGCGCUGAGCUCCAGAGAGGGAUCGACGCCCUCCCCGAUGGAGCCUCUGCCGGCAUUCUCCGCAGACGACAUGGUGUGCCACUUCCUGGAGCAGGAGAGCGCUCUGUCCAAGGAGCUGAUGCUCACGCUGGACUCUCACAUCCUCAAAAUGACGGAGAACCACGCCAGGACCGUCAUGGCGGCGUCUGCUCCCGGUCCAUCAUGAAGGUGACCCCUUUCCCUAUUUAGACACUCUCCAUCGCAUUUGAAAGGUGUGGACAUUUUGCGGUAGUCACGGGAACUUGGCACGGCGCUAGUCCUGUUUGGAGGAAGCACGACUUUGACUAGUUUAUUGAGAUGAUUGGCGCAAACGUAUAAGCCCCUCCCCCUUUUUCCCGUGGCAGGUGAGCUGGAUUAGUCAACAUCUCUGGAAAAAGUCAAAAGUAUAUUCGAGCCGUUCCUCAUUUUGCCAUGCUAUAACCACAAAGGUGGAUAUAUUUUAUUGACCUACACAAAUGUGACGUGUGAGGAAUAGGCUUUUACAUUUUUUUAUUUUAGAAAUAAAAACUAAAGAAAAAAAAACCCCAAAAAACUGGUGUAUUUAAUCACGUUCAGAUACAAUGAGCCCAUGCUCGUGUCUGCAGUGAUCACUUUGGAAAACGUUUUAACAUUUGAUGUUUGACAGACUGUGAUGCAAUUUAUUCUCUGCUAUAUUAGUAGUG